GAGACAGAAGCCUUCUCUCCGCCUCACGCUUCACAUCUCAGAGAAGAGAAACGAGAAAGGAAGUAAAGGAAAAUGGACAUAGCAAGAUAUGUUUGCGUCAAACAGUAUUAUUAUUUUUAAGUUUUAUUUUUUCAAAUCGCUGAACAACAUCAAGAGAGAAUCUCAACAAUUGUUAACUUUAUCUCAUUUUUCAAGAAACCCAGCUGAUGUCUUACCAGGUGAUGGUGUCAAUCCUCUGGGUUGUCAUGGCGAUGGUGGUAAACCGGGGAUGUGGAGCACGGGUUGUGAGCGGACAGACAGUGUGUCUUAGAGGUCCAAAGCGUCCCUGCUACAAAAUCGCAUACUUCCACGACGUGUCGAGCCGCGUCUCCUUCAGGGAGGCUCUGCAGGCCUGUGAGAUGGACGCAGGAGCUCUGCUCAGCAUUGAGAGCUUGGAGGAGCAGACGCACAUCCAACAUCUGCUGCAGAAACUGCGUUCAGGAGCCGUGGGUGGUACAGGAGGAGGUAUAGCUGACGGGGAUUUCUGGAUCGGUCUGACCCGAAGGGACGGAGGUGAUCAAACUCAUCCUGAACUCAGCAACACCUUCACUGCCUGUCCAGAGCUCUACCAUUGGACUGAUGGAAGCCCCGCCCCCUUCAGGAACUGGUAUCUUGAUGAGCCGUCCUGUGGAGGAGAAGCCUGUGUUGUGAUGUACCAUCAACCAACUGCCCUACCUGGACUGGGUGGAGCUUAUCUCCACCAAUGGAAUGACGAUCGCUGCAACAUGAAGCACAACUUCAUAUGCAAAUACAAGCCAGGGUACCUGAAGGAAAAGGGCAACACACCUGUAGGGCGGAGCACAGAGAUCACUACAGGUAUAAGUGUGGUCAAACAACCCACUGGUAGUGAGGAGGUACCCCCUCAGGUGACCAUGGCUGGAGCUUCAGGCAUGUUACUGGUGUACGUCAUCAUACCCACAAUACCCCUGCUCCUGCUCAUCCUGGUGGCUUCCGGGACCUGUUGUUUUCAGAUGCUCAGUAGAAGGACGACCAAACCAGACCGGAUGGAGGUCUAACGUCCUCAUGUCAUGAAGUGGAGGUGAUCAGCAGCAGAGAGAAAAGGACACGAGUGGAGUCGCGUUUGAUUUCAGAGCAACGGGGAUCAAUACUUCUGCUCAAUGAAAUGGGAAGAACAGCAAGAUACGUUGCUCCUUAUAUUUAGAUACGUUCUGUGUAUAAUAUAUUCUUUUAUUGUUGAGGUAAUAACAGAGAAAGCUCAUUGAGUUUACAUGUAAUAACAUGUAAUAACUGUUAUACAAAACAAUCACAGAAAUAAGCUAAUACAAGUGUUUACUAACAAGUAAAAUGGUAAACAAAAAGAUACUAAAUUAUAUAUAAUGAAACUAAACAUCUUGUCAACCAUCAUAAACGUCAGAUCUUCUCAUAUUUGAGUGAACCGUUGUUACAUGUUCAGUGUAAAUGAUGAAAAAGUACUUGGUAACUAAAUGUUACUUGUGGUGACGUCAUGUUGAGUUUUCUGUUGCUGGAGCUCUCAUAUGCGCCACAAACCAUCUAUCAGCCAAUCGUGUGACCCGAUAUUGGACCAGCUUGUUUUCUGUAGGAAUGUGAUUGAUCAAAUGUCAUUACACUGUAUUGUGUUUUCAUGUUUGUGCACGUGUCUAUUGUACGUUAACGCUCGGGUGGAUGUCAUGAAUAAAUAUCCUUUGAGUGAGACUUAUAAUGUAUAAAACAUA